AUGGCCUCUGAGGUGUGUCCAAUUUUGAUGGCCAACCGGGAGGAGGGAAUGCAGAACAACUUGAUCGCCUGUGUAAUCGUCGUCUUCCUCUGCAUCAUCUCCUCCAGCAUUGUGGGCACCGUCAGCGUCCUCGCUCGCAUGGUACCCGCAGCCAUGGUCAACGCCUACCUCUACCUCACCGCCUGCAAGUUCACCCCCUCAGUUGUUACUCGACCCUGUCACUAUGCCAGUUUUGACAGCUUCAUUACCAUUGUUACGAGGUUGGUUUAA